AUGUCGCAUAAAAUUCCCACAGAGACCGACACAGUGAACGUUGCGCGUCUCCGUUCAAAGGCGAUUGCCAUUGCACCUGUGCAAAAUUGCCAGGUGGGAAAUUCCGCCGGAUAUGUGCCAAGUUGCGGUGCUAAGAAGUACGUUUCUUUGCGAUAUUUGUCGCGAAUUCGAAAUACUCGACCGGUAAAACAAUUGACGAUUGAUACACCUGCAUCUUUGCGCAAUAGGAUCUGCAAUAGUAUAGGGCAGACCCCUGAUUCCUCAGGUACAUCAUCCGUUAAACUACCCUCAAUUUCAAACCUCACCGCGUCCAUCACCAGUCCCUCCAGAAACAGUCAAGAUUCGUUGCCGUUCCCACUACCACCAGGGUCGCAAACAUCCUCAACCCGCUAUCCAGUCGAACAGACUGUUUACCAGGAUCCUUUCAGCCGCCGUAGUUCACGCCAGCCUUCCCUUCCCGACUUGCAAGCCAAACUGGAAGUCCACUUGCCGCCCCUAUCGUCCAUAUUGAGCGCACCAGUGGCCCCUCAACCACACCCCCAUGCGGCUUCUUUACCACGCCAAGAAGCAUACCCUCCGCAAUACGACGCACUGAACACCUAUUACGCCGCACCCCAGCAACGGCACCAGUCGUUCGCCAGCUAUUCGCCUGAUACGAGCCAUCUGGGGUACGAUUCAAGCUUAGAUAAACGGGAACAGUCACCUGACCGUUCGACCGAGAGCAGAGACAAACGCAAACGCGUAGUACGCAAGCGGACAAGGACCGGCUGUCUCACGUGCCGCAGGCGACGGAUUAAGUGUGACGAACGCAAGCCGUUCUGUUUCAAUUGCGAGAAAUCGAAAAGAGUGUGCGCCGGAUACGAACAAGUCCCGUACGGGGCCCGACGGUACAGAUACAUGUCACAGCCAAAGCCCCAGGAAGCCCACAUCGAGCAUGGAGACAUCAUGCAAUCCCCGACGUCAGGUACGCUACCACCUGUUAUGCACUCUCCGAUGGCCCCUCCUCCCUUGAGUGCUGCCAUGAUGCCUCGGUCUCCACCUCAAACCGCAUUCCCCAUGGUCAGACACCACUCCCACCCGUCGCCGCAAGUUCAGCGGUCGCCUGUACUAUUAUACCAGCCAUACGUGGGGAAUCCUCCUCCGUAUGCGCCUCACUAUGUGUCCCGGUCCAUGGCAUACUCGCACUACACAGGCCAUCCCGGGUUUACGCACCCCCCACGGUAA